AUGAUCCCACACUCUGUCACCAGACUCCACAUCGAUGCCAAUUGUCACAUCUCUGUUGGCUCCAUCCCCGAACAGGUGACCGAUCUCAAAGUAUAUGAGCUCGAGUCACUCAACAUUUGUUUACUCUCUUACUCGCCCCUCGCUCAUGGAUGCCUGCCAUCAUCACUUUGCUCAUUGACCCUGAGAGUCCCCAACUGCGUCGAGCCAAUACCACCCGGAGCUCUCCCUCCAUCACUCACCUAUCUCGACCUUGUCUGUAGAACUAAGCUUCUUUCACUCCCUCGCUCCCUGCAGACCCUGAUCUUAACCAAGUACAAUCAUGAUUUGGACGAUGAGCACUUUCUCCCGCAAUCACUGACGCGCCUCUCACUUGACACAUUAUUCAAGGGCAACAUUCCUCCUUCAUCACGUCUGCCACUCUUGAGAAGACUUGAUGUCCCAUCUUGGGACGGCAACUGUCCAACAAAGGGCAAACGGCGCACCACUAAGAUUCAGGUGGACCUUCCUCCAAAACUGACAACACUCUCUAUUCGAGGUAUUCCACGAGGCGCCACCAACACCAUCCCUUAUGGCGUGACGACUCUCACUCUCAAUACAGUGCGAGGACUACUCCCAGAUAGCUUGACAAGGUUGUCAGUUCAUGAGCCAAAGCUGGUGGAUCCAGGUGCGAUGCCCCCUUUGCUCAAGACGAUAAAGAAGGCCUCAAUCGACUUUAUCACAUAG